AUGAACAAUGCUGACGACUUCUACGGCUACAGUGACGAAGACGAGGAGUUGGUGAUGGGGGACGACGACGACGACGACGACGACGACGAGGGGUGGCAGGACCAGGAGGAGGACGACAUCCCGCCGCGGCGGUCCCCGGAGAUUUGGGCCAUUAAGAAGGACUCUCUUUCGGUGGCGCAGCAACAAGACCUGUCCAUGGUGAUGGGCCUGUUCAACAUAAAGCAGCACCACGCUCGUGCUCUUCUCAUCCACUACCGGUGGAACACCGAUUGCCUCGGUGACCACCUGGAGAGGAAAGGGCAAGAACGCAUGCUCAUGGAGGCAGGCGUCGUGCUACAGCAACAGGAGACGAGCAGCAGCAGCAGGCCUUCUUCACGAAGCAGGGUGCUCUGCGAGGUGUGUUUCGAGGACUUCUCCCCGCGCCACGUCUCCAGCAUGGACUGCGGCCACUCCUUCUGCAACGACUGCUGGACGCAGCACUUCGUCGCCGCGCUCGACCUCGGCAAGAAACAGAUCCCGUGCAUGGCGUUCAAGUGCCCCGCCAUCUGCGACGAGGCCAUGGUGCAGCGCCUUCUGUCCCACAGGGACCCCGCGGCGGCCAAGCGGCUCCACGACUUCCUCCUCCAGUCGUACGUGGACGACAACAGCGCCGUGAAGUGGUGCCCCAGCGUCCCGCACUGUGGCAACGCGAUCCGCGUGGACGCCGCCGACGAGGUGGAGCCGCUGUGCGAGGUGCGGUGCCCCUGCGGCGUCAGUUUCUGCUUCCGGUGCGCGGCGGCCGCGCACUCGCCGUGCCCGUGCGCCAUGUGGGAGCGCUGGGAGGCCAAGAGCCACGGCGAGGCGGAGAACGUCAAGUGGCUGCUCGCCAACACCAAGAGCUGCCCCAAGUGCUUCAAGCCCAUCGACAAGAUCGACGGCUGCAACCUUAUGACCUGCAAAUGCGGCCAGCAUUUCUGUUGGCUGUGCGGCGGCGCGACGGGGUUGGCUCACACAUGGACUAGCAUCAACAACCACAGCUGCAACCGCUUCGAGAAGGAGGAGAAGAGGAAGGUGGACGACGCCAGGCGGCAGGUGCGGCGCUACGAGCACUACUACCAGCGGUUCCACGCCCACGACUUCUCGUACAAGGCGGAGCGCAACAAGCUGGGGCCGGCCGUCGCCGACCGCGUGCUGAAGCUGGAGUGGAGCGGCGUCCUGACCAGGGACGCGGCGUGGUUGACCGACGCGCACCGGAGCCUGCUGCGGUGCCGCCAGGUGCUGGCGCGCUCCUACGUGUUUGCCUACUACAUGUUCGACGCCGAGGCCACGCCGACGCGGCGGCGGGAGCCGGGGAGCCAGUCCAUGGCGCAGAAGCAGGCGCUGUUCGAGGACUACCAGCAGCAGGUGGAGGGCAACGUGGAGCGGCUGUCCAAGCUGCUGGGCACAGACGUGCCUGAGCUGCCGGAGGCGGAGAUCCUGCAGGCGAAGCAGGACGUCACCAACCUCGUCCGGGUCGUCGAGGCGCACUGCGGGAAGAUGUACGGCUGCAUCCAGGACGAGCUGCUGCCGAUGCUCGUGGAGCCCAUGUCCAUCGCGGCGUACCAGCCGGGCGGCCCCAGCAAGGCCAACGAGUUGCCAGCUUGA